UAGUUUGGUCUGCCCUACGUCAUGUUGCACUCUAGCUACACGGCCCCUAAUUCUAUGGUAAUCGCACACAGCGGUGGGGGCGCUUUUUCGAGUCGAGGUCUUGCGGGGAAUGCAUCCCAUCUGUUGCAUGAGGCACAGAACCAGCCCACGCAGGACAGCGGUGAAGGUUUCUACAGGCUGGGGACGUCAUCGCAUUACAAUGCGCACGCAUUAUUAGACUUUCAUAUUUAUUUUGUAUAUAAAUUGCUGAAGCCACCGUUCUAUUUGCAAAUCGAGUCUGACGUAACCAUGCUUGUCCCAGUCUUCACACUGAAGUUAAACCACAAAAUCAACCCCCACAUGGUGACUGUGGGGAAGUAUGAUGGGAUGCACCCCUGCCUGACAGCAGCCACCCAGGCAGGGAAAGUCUUCAUUCACAAUCCACACACACGUGGCCAGCGGCUUUCAUCUAGUCGCAUUACUCAAAGCACCCAGGACUCGGACAUAUCCCUCCUCAAUAUAAACCAGGCUGUGAGCUGCCUGGCCUCGGGAGUGUUCAACCCGUCACACGCACAUCACUCUCUCCUGGUGGGAACACAGACCGACCUGCUAGCCUACGAUGUGCACAAUAACUCUGACGUCUUUUACAGAGAGGUUGCAGAUGGAGCCAACGCGAUAGUGCUUGGGCAGCUAGGUGGAAUCUCCCCUCCUCUUGCAAUAAUUGGUGGGAACUGUGCCCUCCAGGGCUUCGAUCAUGAGGGAAAUGACCUUUUCUGGACGGUUACUGGAGAUAAUGUCCGCUCAUUAUGUCUUUGUGACUUUACCGGCGAUGGAAACAAUGAGCUGCUCGUUGGUUCAGAAGAUUAUGAUAUUCGAGUUUUUAAGGAAGAUGAAAUGAUGGCAGAAAUGACAGAAACUGAGACUGUGACAUCUCUUUGCCAUAUGCAUGGCAGCCGGUUUGGGUAUGCUUUAGCCAAUGGCACAGUUGGCGUGUAUGAUCGGACUGCACGUUAUUGGAGGAUAAAGUCCAAAAAUCAAGCGAUGAGUAUCCAUGCAUUCGAUUUGAACUCUGAUGGUGUGUGUGAGCUGAUCACAGGCUGGUCUAAUGGAAAGAUCGAUGCACGCAGUGACCGCACUGGAGAGGUUAUCUUUAAAGAUAACUUCACUUCCUCAGUUGCUGGGGUUGUUGAAGGAGAUUACAGGAUGGAUGGACAGAUCCAACUUAUCUGCACUUCUGUUGAGGGGGAAGUGCGGGGAUAUUUACCAGCCAGCAAAGAGAUGAAGGGAAAUCUUAUGGAUGCGAGUGUUGAACAAGAUCUGAUUCGAGAGCUCAGUAACCGAAAACAAAACUUACUGCUUGAACUACGAAACUAUCAGGAAAACUCAAAGGCUGGAACAGGGUCAAAGAAAAAGGAGAAAGAAGGACAAAUGGGAGUUAUUCCUGCAAACACCCAGCUACAGACAGCUCUAUCUGUCAACGUCGGCUCUGAAAACCAAAAACCUAGCGUAGACCUAACCAUUUCCACAUCAAAUGACACAAUUAUCCGUGCUGUUCUCAUAUUUGCUGAGGGGAUAUUUGAAGGGGAAAGUCACGUCGUACACCCCAGUGCGCAGAAACUUUCAGGCUGCAUUCGAGUCCCCAUCAUUCCUCCUAAAGACGUUCCUGUCGAUUUACACAUCAAAGCCUUCGUGGGCGGAAAAAGCAGUACUCAGUUUCAUGUGUUUGAGCUAACCAGGCAGCUGCCCCGCUUCUCCAUGUAUGCCUUGUGUACACAAGGGUCUGCUCCCAAACCCAGGGGCAAAGCCACCUUCUCCAUCAACGACCGCCUGCAGAGGGUUGUAAUGUGGUUAAACCAAAGUUUCUUGCUUCCAGAGGAUAUUGAGGUUCCUGACGUCUGUUUCACUUCUCUCCGGGGAGCAGGACAGCUGUGCAUUAAAAUAGAACAAAGUGGGGAGAUUACAGUGAGCACGGAUGACAUGGAUCUUGCUGGAGAUGUUAUUCAGUCUCUGUCAUCGUUUCUGGCUAUUGAAGACCUCAGUGUAGAUGCAGAUUUCCCAGACUAUUUUGAAGAGGUUCGGAACACUCUAGUUCAGGUGGAUGAGUACCAUUCAGUGCAUCAGAGACUGACAGCAGAGAUGGCUGACCACUCCAACCUCAUACGAAACAUGUUGGUUCAAGCAGAAGAUGCACGUCUCAUGGGGGACAUGAAAACAAUGAAGAAGCGAUAUAUUGAGUUGUUCGACCUGAAUAGAGAUUUGAUAAACGGUUACAAAAUUCGAUCCAACAACCACGCUGAGCUCCUGAACUGCUUGAGAGCAGUGAAUCAGGCGAUACAGAGGGCUGGACGAUUACGAGUUGGAAAACCAAAGAAUCAAGUGAUUACUGCAUGUAGGGAUGCCAUCAAGAACAACAAUGUGAAUGCACUCUUCAAGAUAAUGCGCGCUGGCAUUCAGUCCUGCUAACUGCGAUCACUCCAAUGGCUGCGGUAUGGAGAAGAAACUCAGGUGGACAGAAGAGCUGUAUUGGUUAAGCAUUAGUGUAGUAAUAAAUGUGUUGGGCUGAAUUGCAAUUACUGGCGUACUAAGGCUUAAUGAAUACUACGCACAAAUCUGUCCAAAAUGUAUGUAAAUGUUUGCUGUAGCCAAAGAGAGCAUAUGUUUUCCAUUUAGCGAGAAUGGCUGGAAUUUAAAGAGAUCGACGGUGAAUUAGUGUGUUGCACUCUUUUUAGCUUAGAAAAAAGCAAUUUGGUUUUGGAUCGGGUUUUCUACAUUAAACAUUAUCCAUGAAAAGGUAAACCUGUUUUUUUGUUUUUUUUUCCUUUGUAAAUACUUUGUUAUACCUUUUUUGUUAUGUGUAUCAAAAACAAGCCUGUUGUCAUCCAGGUGUAUCCUUGACUGUAUGUAUUACAAUAACCUUGUCUCUGUUGUUUGAUUUUCCUAUGUUCUGUUUGUAAUAGUAAAUUAUUUUCUAUCACUGUUUAAAAGUUUUGUUUUUGAAAAUCUGUGUAUUCUGUUAUAUAAUAUCCAGUAUUGUAUUUGUGUGUAAUUUAUAGUAUAAUGCAGUUUAAUAUACAUACUUUAUAAUGAUACAAUAGUAAACCAAGUGGAUACGAUUUAUUUUUCUCCUGUAGAGUAGCAGACUUCUUUUUAAACUGCUUUAGGAUUUGACUCACAGAACUUACUCCAUCUCAAACGCUGACGAGUAAACGGUUACAUUUCGUGCAUUAACACUUAUAAGUGCCCUGAAAUAAAUCUGAUGGGUGUAUUUAAGCCACAACACACACGUACACACGCAUUUCCACAAGGGGGAGCCCCUCCCCAAUACCUGCAUCACAACCAGACAUCACAACAGAUGGCUCCUUUCAUUCACGCAAUACCGGUUGUAGCUGAAGGUUUUAUGGGCACACACCGUUACCAAAUCGUGUAUCCGAGAGAUGAGGCUGCAGUUUAAGGUAACUUAAAAGAAAACACGUUUUAAAAACAAAAAUCGCGUGAAUUCGAGUUAACUUUGCAACGCUAUUUGGCAUGUCUAGCGAGUAAAUCUAGUUUGCACUAGUUUAUAUUGUAGGGUUUUAUAAAAGUAAAAACGGAACUGGGUUUUAGUUGGUGUGACUGCAACGGGAUCAUUAGGACCAGAUGUGCAUGUUAGGCACUUCUCCGGGUAACCCAGCGCUACAGAUGGAUGGACACGCAGCCUUUCAUAUGUGGGGAGUAUGUUAGUUUCUUUAAGACGCAGACUCAUCGAGGGUGUUGUUUCAAUGCUACAGAACAUUUUAAAUUUGAGCAAGCGCUCUUCUGUGUUUGCACGGCAUUAGGGACGCCAAAUUUAGGAUCUGGCUGCUGCUUGCCGUUCUGUUUAUUCAGACGAACCACAACACAUGUUCACGGUCUUCUUCAAAAUAAUAUGUUUUCUUUUAUUCAUCUAAACAUAUUUUUAACUACAAGAGCAUAACAAAACACACAAUUAUCUGCCACUGAAUUUUUUAAAAUAUACAGCACAUGCGAUGUGGUUUAAACGCUUCCCUGUAUCUCCAUGCUUACGUGUGUGUUACAUUUGGUUUUAUUGUCCUAAUUGCCGCACCUGAUAUAUGUUGACCUCAUUAGAAGUGGUACUGCUUCAGUAAAUUAUUAUGUGGGCUGAGAACACAAUAAUACAGGAGUAUUUUAAACUGACGGGCAGUGUGCUUUUAUUAAGAGGUGGAUCAUGUCUGUUCCAAUGGAUCAUUUCUGUGCAUAUGUUGUGAAAAUAAAUUAUUAUUAUUAUUUAUUUCUUAGCAGAGACCCUUACCCAGGGCGACUUACAGUCGUCAACAAUUACAAUUCAAGAAUCACAGUGCUAGUAAUAAUACAAUUGAGCAAGAUAAAUACAAUGAUGAAUACAAUGACUUUGGUUCAAGCAAGUACAAGUGUGACAAAAUACAAUUCAAUAAUACAGCAGAUAACAGUGUCAGUGAUAGUUACAUCAAGAUAUAAUUAAAUACAAAAUAAUACUACACUGCUGCUGUACCCUUGAGCAAGGUACUUUACCUAGAUUGCUCCAGUAAAAACCCAACUGUAUAAAUGGGUAAUUGUAUGUAAAAAUAAUGGGAUAUCUCAUAAGUCGCCCUGGAUAAGGGCAUCUGCUAAGAAAUAAAUAAUAACAAUAAUGUAUGGGGCAUACAGUUCUGCUUCACGUAUGUUCCCUUGUUACGAUGCUACCGUGCUUAACAGCAAACGCCCACCAAUGUUAUUCUUUUCUGUAAAUGUAAAUCAAGUUUACAGUAAUGUUCACCUCGAUACAAUAGUAAAUUGAUCCACAAUCUGAUGUAUUUAUG